AUGUCUGAUGUCGAAGUCGAAGCCCCUUCUGACGAUUAUAUCACUGUUCUUAAAGGAAUGAAAUAUUCAGAAAGGAUUAAUCUUGCUGGUCCAAUCGCCAAACCUCUUGCCGACAAAGGCCUUAAGAAAAAAAUAUCCAAACUCAUGAAGAAAGCCCGCGCUCAAAAAUUAGUUGCUUGUGGGAUAAAGGAUUGUAUAAAACAAGUUUACAAGAAAAAGAAUGAGGGUAUUGUUGUUAUGGCAGGAGAUGUUAGUCCCGUUGACACUAUCUCGCAUCUGCACGGAAUUUGCUACGCGAAUGAAAUACCUUAUUGUUACGUCGCUACUAGAUUCGAUCUUGGAGAAUCAUUUGCUUCAAAUAUCAACGCGAGUUGCAUUUGCAUUCGACCUCAUGAAAGCUACCAAGAGCAAUACGACGGAGUUGUCCAGGAAAUAAAGGAACUCGAACGCUAA